AUGGGUCUCUUCAGCCACCACCACGACCACCACAACAAGGAAGAGGGCCACCACGGAGGCCCUCAGCACGGCGGUCCCCAGCAAGGCCCCGGCGGCCCUGGUGGUCCCGGUUUCGGUGGUCCCCAGGGUGGCCCUCAACAUAACGGCGGCCCCGGCGGUCCUGGAGGAUUUGGUGGCCCUGGAGGCCAGCAGGGAGGACCUGGCUUUGGAGGACCCCAGGGUGGACCGGGCGGUCCCGGUGGUCAACACGGAGGCCCUGGAGGCCCUGGCGGAUUUGGCGGUCCUCAGGGAGGUCACCAGGGAGGUCACCAGGGAGGUCCUGGUGGACAUCACGGUGGACAGGGAGGACCCGGUGGCCCUGGUGGCCCCCAGGGAGGCGUAUGUAUUCCUCUCAAUGAUUGA